UUGGACAAACAUUAGGUAUUGGUAAUAUUACUGGACAAAAAUAUAUCGUUAUUGGUGUCCACCAAAGUUUCCAGCACUAGCUACAAGAAAUGAGAUUGAAUGCAUUUGCUCGUUUUUAUUUGUAUUUAUUUUUUUAAAAGUUUCUUACAUUAUAUCCGUGCUUUUUAAAGGUUAUAUCUCAAUUUUUCAAAAGUAAACACAAAAAGGAUGACACUUAAUGCCCCCUCCCUGCCCCCACCCUAUUUAGAACGUUAGCGUUCCAUUACGUAAAAAAUGCAGUACUACGUCAUGAUGCACCGCUUAUAAAUAAUCUGUUUGAUAAGGGAGAAGCAAACACAAACGAUUCGUGAGUGCAUCGUACGUGUUGUAAGAGCAAGUGAAGCUGAAAGACAUUGACAGUGAAGUGAUGGCACCCUCUAUUAAUCUCUUCACCUUCCUCGUCCUGUCCCUGGUGGGGGGCAGCUCUUCAUGGGACGAAGCUUCGCCUUGCGGAUCCGGCUCCAUCCUGACAAGGCCCUACACGGCCUUGUGUGAGCUGGAUGCGGUGUGGGGCUUGGUGGUGGUGGUGGCGGCAGCGGCGGCGGCCCUCGCCUCGCUGAUCCUGCUCCUGGUGGUACUGUGUCGCCUGCGGAAGAUCACAGAGGCUGAGGAGCGCAGCGGGGUGGCGCCGCUACUCCUGCUGCUCGCAGCCAUAUUUGGGCUUUGUGGCCUCAGCCUGGGAUACAUCGCUGAGCAGCAAGAGAGCCUCUGCUUCGCCCGGCGUGUCCUGAGGGGGGUGUUGCUUGCUAUCUGCAACACAUGCCUCGUGUUUCAUGGUCUGCGACUGCGCCGGUUGGGACAAGGUGCUCAUAGCCCCAGCACAGGUCAACUGAUGGGGCUGGCGGUGGCCUUGGCCGUGUUGGAUCCGGAGUGGAUCCUUCUAGCCACGAUGUCCACAUGCCAGCCAGCCUGUGAAUACCAGCCGCUGGACUUUGCGCUGGCCACCACUUAUGUGCUGGUCCUGCUCCUGGCAGCACUGGUGGGGGCGGCCUGCAGUCUGUGGAGGCAGCAGCCACGGUGGAGGUGCAGGACCGCGUGGCUGCUCAUCACCUGCCUGGCCUCAGUCCUGCUGUGGGUGGCCUGGAUCACCUUCUGCCUGUAUGGCAACGCAGCGCUUGGCCUGCCCCCAACAUGGGACAACCGGGUACAGGCAGUGGUGCUGCUGGCACAGGCAUGGCUGCUCAUACUGCUGCACGCUGCUCCUGAGGUCCACGCCACCUUACGGCCCCCGUCCCGCAUGAGAGAGGCCAAUUUAGAGGAGGGCCUUUCUCACGUGUAGUUUGGAGCAAACCGGGACUUCGUGUUCAGUGACAACAACUCAGGUAUGG